UGAACUGGCGUCGCAGUCGCAACUCACAGCAUCCGAAUAUCGCUGUUGAAUUAAUAUAAAAUGCUGUUGUUUAUUUGUUUUUCGUAAAUGUUGCUCGUUAAGUGCGCAUCAGUUGUAAACGUUAAAUGGCAAACACGCUGAUAAUGAGCGCGCAAUCAGCGAUAAAGCAAUAACAAUUUAAAUAUACUGUGGAACUGCGCAAACGCAAACGCGCGAGAGAAAGACAAAAAAAAAAAAAAACAAAAAUAAUUAAAAACCUAGUAUAGAAAACGCAUGCGAAGAAUCAGCCCCCAAAUGAGACGCUUGCUGUCGACGUCGCUGCCGCUGCUGCUGCUGACGUCGUUGCUUGCAGCAAUUCCGGUUUUGCAGGCCGCCGCCUCCUCUUCGUCCUCUUCGCCAGGCGUGAGCAUUGUGCGCGCACCCGAAUCCACUGUGGCGCCGUUGGGCGACGAGGUUGUCUUGGUAUGCGAGACCAGUUUGCCGCCGGACCGUUUCGAAUGGAGCUUCGUCUCCAGCGCCAUGAAAUACCUCAAGACAAAGUCGCAUUACAAUAACACCAUUAGCCACGACAACGACAUCUCCAGGCUGCGUCUCCAAGUGCGAGCUGAAACCCUUGGUGAAUAUCGCUGUAUCGCCUGGUUUGGUCCUGUGGCUGUCACCUCGACUGCUGCACGCUUGGAACUGGCCAGCAUUAGCAAUGCCACCAGCAAUGCAGCGCAAUGGCAACUGCCCGCGGGCAAUACGCUGAUCUGGCAUUGCGGUCAAGUGGUGUCCAAUCCGCCGCCCAGCUGGAGUUUCUAUCACAACGGACUGCAGAUACAAACGGAGGGGACCAAUGGAACGCUGUUGAUAGCCGACGUCUCCACGGCCAACAGCGGCAGCUACAGCUGUGUGGCCACCAACACGGCGUCUGGAGUGCGCGUUACGUUGCCGGGUCGCCUGGAAUUACAGGUUACGAGGCGCGAUGCUUUGCCUCCGUCGGCGCCGCAUUUGUUGGCGGGACAAAGACAGCACAGCAAGCUGAUAGCACGUGCUGGCGAAACGCUGAUCUUGCUGUGUGCCGGCAUCAGUAAUCCGCCACCUAAAGCUGUCUGGAGUAGACCUGAUGCACCAAGUGCGCUGCACAAUAAUCGCACACAAACGCUGGCGCUUGGUUUACAAAUCCGUCACCUGCAGCCACAAGAUGCAGGCAGCUACAUUUGUUUUCUAGACAAUGGCCAGCGCCCGGCUGUGGAGCAUAGCAUGCAGCUGGAAGUGCAGCAGGCGCCACUCAUUGUGCUGCCGCCGAGCGCCAAUCUGACCAACGAGGGUGAACGCAUGCAACUGGAAUGUGUGGCCAGUGGCAUGCCCAAGCCACAGAUCUAUUGGCUCCUCAAUGGCGAGAGCAGCGCCAAUGAUGUGGAGGCAGAACUGCAGCCAAAUGGCACGUUGCUAAUCCACAGCGUAGAGAAGCGUCACGCGGGCUAUGUUCAGUGCUUUGCACGCAACGCUCUGGGCGAGCACAGCGCUGGCACGCUGCUCCAGGUGAAUCCCAAACAGAUAGCGUCGGGUAGCGAGCAACAGCAGACACAACAUCAGCAACAGCAGGGCGGCAAUCGUCAUGGCCAUGGACAUGGACGCAAGCAGAAGCAAGAAAUGGUGCCGCCCUCGGCGCCAAAUGUGACGCGACUUUCCGAUGAAUCGGUGAUGCUGCGUUGGCAGGUGCAGCGCAACGGAGGAUUGCCCAUACAAUUCUUCAAGGUGCAGUAUCGCAUGCUGCCCGAGAACAAUGGCAGCGGCAACAAGCGCAAGAGCUGGCACACGACCAACGACAACAUUACCUAUGGCAAGGAUCGUCAAGGUGGCAAGAACUUUACGUCAUCCGUAGUGGGACUAAAAGCAGAUCGUAGCUAUCGCUUUCGCAUCAUGGCCGUCUACUCCAACAACGAUAACAAGGAGAGCAAUACGUCAAGCAAGUUCUUUCUGCAGCGUGGCGCUGCCUUGGCCCCGUUGCCAGUGCCCGAUCUUCUGGAGAUUGUGGAGUACUCACAAACCGCAGUGGUGCUGCACUGGCGCUUGGAUAGCUCGGCCGAUGAGCAGCUAAUAUCCGGUUACUAUGCCUACUAUCGUCCCUCGUCGUCGGCCGGCGAAUACUUAAAGGCCACCAUCGAUGGUGCCGCAUCGCGCAGCUUUCAGAUUGGCGCCUUGGAACCCGGCACCAUUUAUGAAUUCAAGCUGCAAUCGUUUAGUGCUGUAGCUGCUUCCGAGUUUAGUGCCUUGAAGCAGGGACGCACUCAACGACCACGCACAACAACGACUGCUCAACCAACGCUGCACAACAGCCUGGACACGACGACGCCCAGUCACAAUGACACGUUCCGCAUGAAUCCAUUGUUAACAGGCACAAUUGGUGGCGGAGCUGCGCUGCUGCUGCUGUUGCUCUUCGCAUGUUUGUGUCUCUGUCGGCGACGUAGCUCACGCAACAAUCAGCAGCAGCAGCAUAAGCCGCGUCUCGCCGAGCUGCGAGAGGAUUUUGUGCCGUUGAGCGCUUGUUCGCCGAAUAAACCGCGCAAUCGUCACAUUCACAUCACACUCAAUCCGCUGGCACAGCAGCAGCAACAACAGCAGCAAACGCUUGAUGAGAAGGAUGCACAGGAUCUGGGCCAGGACAUGGGCUAUUUUCAGCGACCCACGGAGACAAUGGGCUUCAAUGGACUUGGACGCAUGUCGUCCAACUCUUUGCGACGCUCACAGCGCACGCUGGAACGUGCAGCAGCCUCCGGUGGCAACAAUAAUCAUCUUAAUCAGCCGACAGACAAUUCGGCAGACAGCCCGCGUUUGCAGUCGUCGGGCAACAAGCCGGGUCGUGUCAUAAUGAAGCGAACACGUCUGUCGAGUCGCUCGGAGAAUCUCUCGUCUGGUAGCUUGAACAGCGUUGGCGUCUAGCAGUCUUUUAGUGAUCUUUAGCCUAUAUAUAUUAUAAACGAUGUAUGCUCUACACUCCUCUACCUCCGGUAGUGGCCUUAUUUGGGCUACAAAGGUUUCGAGUAGCUUCCUGAUUCGAAUUCGAAUUUCUACCUCUGAUUUUAAACCUUUAAACUUUUGCGCGAAAAAAUGACACGAGUUUGUACUUAUGUAUACAAAUUGCAACAUAGCACCUAAGUACUUAAUUAGCUUAUAUGUAUUACCUACUUAUACUAUAUAGAGAGGAUAACAUUAGCCCUCUCAUGUGCAUUUCUUUUUAACUAUAGUUUUUAGUAAUAACAAAUACGACUCGUAAUUAUACUCGUAGUUUAGUCUUCCAUCUGUCGACUCAAGUCGCAAUUCUGUACUGAUUAGCUUCUUAGUUUUGUAAUGACAAUAAAUUUUUUGCUAAC